AUGAUGCCUGAGCAGCCUGGCACAGAGGCCACCGGGGCUGACGAGCGGCGCGCCAACUCUUGUGUUGCAGAUGGCAGCAGCGGCAGCGAGAAGAGCCUGAACGGCUCGGGCGCGCGGCGUCUCGGCGAGGGGGAGCAGCGCCGCAUGGUGGACAUCACCCGCGACAAGCCCAUCAAGGUCACCGUCAGGGUCGUCGUGCCCGUCCGCGACCAUCCCAAGUUCAACUUCGUGGGGAAGCUGCUGGGUCCGAAGGGCAACUCCCUGAAGAGGCUUCAGGAGGACACCAUGACCAAGAUGGCGAUCCUGGGGAAAGGAUCGAUGAGGGACAAGCACAAGGAGGAGGAGCUGAGGAGCUCCGGGGACCCCAAGUUCUCGCACCUCAGCGACGACCUGCACGUGGAGAUCACGGCCUUCGCGCCGCCGGCCGAGGCGCACGCGCGCAUCGCCUACGCGCUCGCCGAGGUCCGCAGGUUCCUGGUGCCGGACUACAACGACGAGAUCCGGCAGGAGCAGAUGUGGGAGAUGCAGCUGCUCAACACGCAGCGCGGGAGGGGUUGCGGCGGCGCUGAGGCGCUGCAGGGGGCGGCGGGCGGGGCCGGAGGGGGCGGCGCGGCGCUGCAGGGGGCGGCGGGGGCCGACUGCGGCGCCGGCACGGCCAGCCCGUGCAGCAACGGCAGCCUGACCCCGCCCACGCCCCUGGUCGCCGCCUCCCCGCCGCCCCCGGCGCAGCACCCGGCGCUGCGGGGGCUGGAGGCCAGGGCGCAGGCGGCGGCGGCAGGCGGAGCGGGCUCCACGCAGCUGGUCUGCCGCAAGCGCCCCCUGCUGCCCGGCGGAGGAACCCGGCUGGCCAUGUCGCCCACCAAGCGGACUGUGCUGUCCAUCCUCGCCCGAGCCCGCGCCGCACAGGCCAAGGACCUGCCCGACUACCACCCGGUGGCCAACGGGUGCGGUCUUUUCCGGGAGCUAUUCCUGCCGCUCCCUGCAGCCGAGAUGCUGAAGAGGCGUCAGAAGGGCGACUCUGGCUCGCUCGUCCAGUGCCCAGUCGACCGUACGCGCAAGGCGCUCAUAAACUAG